AUGUAUCCUCUUCGACCAUUAACAGUAUUUUUUACUAACUACUGGCCGUACAACAACAACCUUUGCAAUCGGCUGCCAGUUUUGUAUCCAGCUAAUACCUGUUCUUAUCCUGGAUUGUGGGCUGAGGUAUGUUACUUAUUGUCCGGUAAAACUCUCAAACCGCCUUUUCCUCGCCAUUGCCCUAUCUUUGCCUGGCCUUUGUCCUGCCUUUCCCCUGCCUUUGCCCUGCCUUUGCCCUGCCUUUGCCCUGCCUUUGCCCUGCCUUUGCCCUGCCUUUGCCCUGCCUUUGCCCUGCCUUUGCCCUGCCUUUGCCCUGCCUUUGCCCUGCCUUUGCCCUGCCUUUGCCCUGCCUUUGCCCUGCCUUUGCCCUGCCUUUGCCCUGCCUUUGCCCUGCCUUUGCCCUGCCUUUGCCCUGCCUUUGCCCUGCCUUUGCCCUGCCUUUGCCCUGCCUUUGCCCUUGCUUGAGCCUUUUCAGGUUGUCGGAGUUAUAGCUAAAAAAGGUAACUACGAAAUCAUACCUUACGUUGUUGCUCAUGGUGAUGUAAAUCAAGAUACGUGGAAUAAAGUAAAUUUAAUACGGUUUUAUUUUUUUUUCAUUUUUUUUAAGACCUAGUAGUGAAAGCUAAAAACAAAAAAAAAAGUUUUUUUAAUUUUUUCAUAUUUUUCAGGCUGUCGGCCAAGAAGAAUAUCCCAUUUUAAAACUGUUAAACAACCAUACGUUUGAUACUUUAGCUGUGCCAUUUCAAAUGACACCUGAUCGUGAAGAAGUUGUUGGAUUUUCUCAUCAUGUUUAUAAGGUAAGUUUUUUUAAGGAUAUGGUAUGGUAGGGUAGGGUAGGGUAGGGUAGGGUAGGGUAGGGUAGGAUAGGGUAAGGUAUGCUUAACUACAGUAAAAAUGUUUUAAAAAUUGUAGAUCAGAGCCCGGCUCUACGCAGCCAGGUCAGACAGUUUGGACGCAAAUUACUGGAGUUUGUUUGAAAUUUACGAUUCUUUGAUUUGGCAGAUGUUGGCUUCGAUUUUGUUUUUGCAAUGUAUAUUCAGCAUGUUUAUAAGAUACGUUGAACAAAAGAACGGGAUUUAUAACAAGGAUGGUCUUAAUAUGGUAAGGAGGCAAUAAAGCCUAGAUUACUUCGGAAAAACCUACUUUACCCUACCCUACCCUACCUUACCCUACCCUACAUUUUUUCAUAAAAUUUUAAAUUUUAGACCGCCUGGAAAGUCAUUCGCUUACAAUUUUUUCAAGCCGACCACCUGCAUUUCUCUUACAGGGCAGGCAACUUCGGCCUCUUCAUCUUCUCCUUACUACAAUGUUCCUUUGUUUUUGGAAUUUUCGGCUCAUACCUGUUGUCAUCAAUGAUACGGCCAAAAUACGACCAAAAUGUGAAAAAGUUGGAUUAUAUAUUAGACGAGCUUUAUCACAACAGAAGAGAACUGAUUACCAUGACUGAAGACAAGUUUUUUCAAGAAAAAGUUGAUAGAGGAGAGGAAUAUCCGUUCGAUGAGUUUAAAAGAGUGUUGAGGGGGAAGCAGGUCAAGGUGUUCUUUGAUAGAGAAGGUAAGCUAGCUCAGAGCUCUUGUCCAGAGCCCUAGCCCAGAAGCCCAGAGCCCUAGCCCAGAGUCCUAGCCCAGAGUCCUAGCCCAGAGUCCUAGCCUAGAGUCCUAGCUCAGAGCCCUAGCCCAGAGCCCCAGCCCAGAGCCCUAGCCCAGGGCCCUAGCCCAGAGCCCCAGCCCAGAGCCCUGGCCCAGGACAUUAGUCCUAGCAUUACCUUAGUGUAUGCCAUUUUAUCCUAUUUAGUCUAGUCUAGUCGAGAAUAAUCAAUUAUAUCCUGGUCUAGUUUAGUCUAGUCUAGCCUUUGUUCUAUUCUUACCACCAAACGUUUCUUCUUACUGCACUUUGUUUUGAUCGUAACUUGUUUUCACUGUACCGUGUCAUUUCAAACAAUUUUUCUACCGUACUUUAAUGUAUCUUACUUAUAUCUGUAAAUACUUUGGCUUUGACUUUUUUUGAUUUCGCGACAGUCAGGAUUGGGUACCUUUCCCCCAAUAAGUUUUUUUUGAAAAAAAGUUGAACUUGGUCCCCCUUGUGAAUUUUUUCCACCCCCGCUCCCAGACCGAAAAUUCUCACCCGGCCCUGGCGAUCGUACUGUAUUGCUUUUACACUUUGCGUAUCGUAUUUUACUCUACAUAAAAUAAAAAUUUUCAGAAGCUUUAGACUACGUCAAACACAAAGGCGGAGUGAUUUACUUUCAAGAAGACGAAGACAUUUCGAAUUACAUAAUCAGUAACUGCCGUUUCACUCAAGUUGAAAUUGAAUUCGAUUUGCUGACAGCGCAUUUUAUGUUUCGAAAAAAUUUCAGUGGACUUGAGGACUUUUCAAAAGUCAUAGAGGAGAAUUUGCAAGAGAUAUACAACAUUAAAAAACGUUAUAUUAACCCAGAAAUGGAGAAUAUCAUAUGUGACGACUUUAAACUUGGCGAUGCUAUGAGUAGGUUUGGGGGUGUUUUUGAGGGUACUGAUAGGCUUGGGGUGUUUUUGAAGGCAGCGGUUAAGCUUAGGGAGGAAUAAGUGUUUUUGAGGGCAAGGGUAGUUUCAGGGGUAUUCUUAAGGGCAGGGGGAGGUUUGGGGGGGGGGUGUUUGAGAGCAGGGGUAGAAAUAUGAUUUUUCAAAAUUUUUAUAACCUUUUGAAUUCAUUAUCCCAAUUUCAUUUAAAAUAUAGAAAAUUUUUAAAAAAUUCGAAAACUGCAAUAACUUUCUUUACAUAAAAAACUUAUUAGUUUUUGAAAAAAUGCCAAAGUUUCUAUCCUACCCUACUGAGUCUUACUAUACCGUAUUUACCCUAAUUUACCUAACCCUGACUCCUACCCUACCCUACUGUUUCUGGGAAGAAAAUUUUCAUUUCGUUUACAUAUUAUUGAUUUUUUAGCUUUACCCUUACUUUAUCUUAUUUUUAUUUAAAACUUUACAUUUAUUUUCAAAAAUAUUUUUCAGAACUAGCACCAUACAUUGGAGUACUUAUGAUAUGUGGCAUCUUAUUAUCCAUUAGCGGUUUAGCUCUGAUCGCCGAGAUAUUCAUAUGCAAAUAUCAUCGUAGUUUGAAAUCUAGACAAAGAAAGGCUCGUAUAAUAUUUGCUAUACAAUCUCUAGAGAUUCCUAAUCAAUAA